AUGGAUACUGUCCCUUAUGCUAGUGUGAUUGGCUCUAUUAUGUAUGCAAUGGUAAGUACUAGACUUGACCUAUCAUUUGCUAUAUCAUUGCUUAGUCGAUUUAUGUACAACCCUAGGAGUGAUAAUUGGACUGCCCUAAAAUGGGUUGUAAGAUACAUUAAUAGUUCCUUAAGUGUUGGUUUAAAAUACUAUAAAAGAACUACUAUGCUUGAUCUGGUGGGGUUCAUAGAUUCUGAUUUUGUAGGUGACAAGGACACCAGAAAAUCCACAACAGCCUACUAUUUUACACUUGGUGGAAACUAUAUAAGCUGGAAAUCUCAGUUGCAACCCACUGUAGCAUUGUUAUCAACUGAGGUUGAGUAUAUAGCCAUAGCUGAUGUGUUUAGGGAGGCUAUAUGGCUGCAGGGGAUGUUGUCAAAAGCAAAUUUAUUUGAUGGGAAGGUCACAAUCUACUCUAAUAGCCAGAGUGUAAUUCUUCUCAGUAAAAACCCAAUCUAUCAUGAAAGAACCAAGCAUGUAGAUGUCCGAUUUCAUUUUGUGAGAGACCUUGUUACACAAAGAGUAGUUGAAUUGAAGAAGGUAACCACUGAAGAAAAUCCAGCAGAUAUGGGGACAAAAGUCAUUACACUAGCAAAGUUCAAGCACUGCUUGAAGUUGUUGUCAGUGGAGUAA